CUUCUCUUUCUUCUUCUUUGUAGGUUGCUGCAGCUUCUUCUUCAAGCGAGAGGUUUCUUCUUGUUUGUUGCUUGCUUUCACUUUUCCGGUUCCAGAAGAACAUUUGGUGCGGAUUCUUCAUCUUGAAAGAAGACUCUCCGGUCUCAAAGGCAAUGGAGGUAUACGGCAAAACCAUGGCUGCUGCCCCUGCUAAUGUUAUUUAUAUGUCUACUAUUCUGGACCGUGAUGGUCCUAUUCCUGUUCACAAAUGCGAUUGGAAAUGUCAAAAUGAACAUGUUUGUGGCAACAUGUAUCGAUGCAAACUAACAGGGAUCACACACAUCUGUGACAAGAACUGUAACCAGAGAAUUUUGUAUGAUAACCAUAGUUCCCUUUGCCGGGCGAGCCGCCAGGUCUUUCCCCUCACUCAAGCCGAGGAACAAGCGGUCAGAGGCGUCAGGAGGAAGCUCAAUGCCGACAAUUCCCCGCCCUCUGAUAGCUGCGGUUUUAAGCGCAGACGUGAUGCACAGUUCCAUCCUUCUCCUUUGGAGAGAUCUUUCUCUGCUGUGAGUCCGAUCUGCAGCCAAGUUGGAGAUGGCAUGGAUACAAGCUAGAUUAGAUUAGAGUUUACGUUACAUAUAAAGUAUCCUAUUAUUAACCUUAAAGACUCCUAUAUGUUGUUUCCCUUUAAGUGUUCCAUUGAAACUUAUUCAGAUUUGAUUCUCAUGGGACAAAUAUGGAUAAAUGGAUAAUUGACUUUGAUGUCGGUGGACGAUACCGGCCUGUAGGGAAAAAGAACACUUUUAUUGUUUAUUUUGCCUAAUGCUAUUUAGUUCCUCCUAGCUUCGUUGUGAAA